AUGGCUGUGACGAGUUCGAAUUCUGAGCAGCCACAGCUCAUUGCAAGCACCGGAAACCGAAGCUUCCCAAAUGCGCCGCUGAUUGAGAACACAGAUACAGAUCAAAUUGUUGUUCCUGAUGUGAAAAAGAUAUGGCCACCAACUAACUCUUUGUCUAGUGGUAUUUCUCUUCUUAAUGUUGGAAGAAGAUGUCUCAAGUUCGAAUUUUCCCUCCCUGCUGGUCACAAAAAGAAAAAGAAAAAAGAAUGA